UUUGGAGUGGAGGGCUUCUCAAGGUUUUCCAAUACUUGAGUUGUAAUUAGUCGUUUGCUGUGUCAUCAUUCAUUUGUUAUCUAUUGCUGCUACUCCACGGGAUUUUGUUCAGUAGUAGCUCCCAUCCUACUUGUUCAUCUUGAUAUCGUUCUCGUUUGGUUGGAUCCCUACUUGUGCUGUUUAGUGGUAUAGAAACCUGCGCCGGGUCCCAAAUUGGAUGCAUGCUUUUAGUUAGGUAAUUUGUCCCAGUUUUCCAAUGUGUGUCAUUUAUUUAACUCGCAGUAAUAUUUUAGAUCAUUUUUUAUACAUAAUGACUGGCUCGGUUCUGAAUGAUCAUGUUGCGCUAACUUUCACUACCAAACGGUAUUGCACAAUCAGUAGCAACGGCUCAAAUGUAUUCACUCUAUUUCUAACCCUAGAUUUUGAUUUUCAAAAUUAAUGUGUUUUCUAUCUCAUGAAUUCGUUCUUUCAGAAUACAAAUUUUACAACUGAUACUACUACUAUUACUUCUAUUGCUUUGGUAUUUGUCGUGGUAAUUUAAUCUUGCUGUUCGGAUGUGGUGUGGUAACUUGGGCUAAUGCACAUUUGUAUCAGACUCUGUGCUGAUUACGUGCAUGCGUUUGUGUUGAGUCUAACUAGAAAACACUAAUUUCAAAUCCUGCGGCAUGCCAUGUCUUCGGGAAAGCAAUAAAAAAGUUUAUACUACUCAUUGGCUGCCAGGACAAUAAAAUCCCCGGUGUUACCUCGUCUCACUGAAUAGACUUUUCAAUCAAUAGGUAGGUGGUCAUAUAAAACAAUCCUCUAUCCGGGCUUCGGUGUCUAGUUUUAUGUCAUAUUUCUUGUUACCAAGUUGUCUUAGAUAACGUAGUCUUAUUACAAUAAAUUUCAUUUUAGUCCUUUUACAGAUUUGGUAGAUUCCUCAAGUCUAGGGAAGAUAGUUUACGAUGGCGAUGAGGUGGCUUCUUUAAGAUCGUUGUUAGAUAAACCUUCUAAAGCAGGACAUGCAAAAUUAAAAGUAUUCAUCCGGAAUCUCAAUUUACCCCCAUCACAUCCCGUACGUAAAAGUCUCUGGUCACAACUUUUAUCCACCAAAUAUUCCAUAAAUUUGCAGAUUUCAGAUUCAGAAAUCCACAGUAAUGAUACCGCAGCAGUUAGUAUUACCAGCAUUGAUGAUUCAUCAUCAUUGGCUGGUUACGAGUUUUCUAAUCAAAUGCUGUUGCCAACAUUUUUCUUAAAUACACUUGGUCAAAAUUGCUUACGGAGAAUAUUGCAUAGUAUUUUUAUUGAGCGUCCUGAGCUUGUUUAUGCUCCACAGUUAUGGCCAUUGACAGCAUUAUUUCUACAUUAUAUGCCUAUUACAGUUGUAUAUAAAUGUAUACUAACUUUAUUGGAUCAACCUGGUGUUUUGAUUCAGACAAAAUCGGACUGGAAAGAGCAUUGUUUGUCAUUAGAAGAGUUGGCCUAUUUAUGUAAUCUAUUACGAAGAGACAAUCGGAAACCUACUAUGUUGUUGGCAUCUAAAUCAAAUGAGAAAAAUGUUCGUACUGCAUGUAAAGAAGAUGGAAGACAGCUUCAGUUGGCCCGUUGGUGUUUAUUACUUUGGAAGUUACCUUUUGAGCAUCUUGUUUGUUUAAUCGAUAGCUUUUUGUUAGAAGGACCAAAAGUGUUCUAUCGUGCCAGUUUAGUCAUUCUUAAAGCCUCUUUAUCUGGAAAGUAUUCAAAACUUAAUUGUGCAACCGGCGGAAUCAAAAGGGAUAUUGAUGGUAAUUCUCCAGCGUUUAUGUAUGAUGAAGAAACAUUCAAACAUGUUCCAUUGACACCAUCGAAGUUAAUGAGAAAAAUGUUCUCAUUACAUGGUUUGAGUCGCACAAAGAUUGCUCAGGCAGUUAAGAAUGUUCAAUCUCUUCUAGUGAAUUUCGAUGUUGACAAAGAGUUAAUCCAACCGUGUAAUAAAAGUGGAAAGAAUACAUUCGCUGCUUACUUACUUGGUGAUGAUGCUGAAAAACAAAUUCAUCCAUCUGAGUGUAUAUCAAGUAACGAGUUAGCUUUAAUAAUCACAUCAGUUGAUGAUCGUAAAUUUUCUUGCUUAUUCAAACCUUAUCGAAUAUUUUCAUCUAAUAUAGAUGGUAAUAGCUUGCGUACAUUUUAUGCUAAGGCAGCAGAAGCAGAGAAUCCUGCAACAAUUCUAUUAGUACGCAGUUCAUCAAGAAAUAGUAUUAUUGGAGCUUUUUGUUCAGACAGAUGGCAACCUCGUGUUGAAUCUGUUUACUAUGGAAAUGGUUUAUGCUUUCUAUUUCGUAUUAAACCUGGUCCAUUUACUAUAUAUAGAUGGAUUGGAUCAGGUUCUGAUGAUGAAAAAAUUAUACAUUCCAUACAAUAUCAACGUUUUCAACGAGCUUCAAAUAAUGGUAUAGAACUUGGUGGCAGUGUAAGUAAUGGACCUCCAGGUUUAAGCUUGGAUAAUUGUCUCACAAUGGCUUCAAGUGGUCCAACAUUAACUUUUUCUAGUCCAUGCUUAAUUACUGAUCCAAUUGAUCUAGCACAAACAAUUCAAUGCGAAAAUGGACAAAUCGGUUGUAUGUUCAAUGUUGGAUUAGUUGAACUUAUAGGUUUUCAUGAUCUCUAAACUGUUUAAAAUUACAUAUUAAUAAUUAGAUUUGUCUUUAAUUGAUUUUACAAUAGUUUUCUAAAAUAUAAAUUUUGCUUGAUAUGUCUAUCUCUUAUGUAGUUAGUUAGGUUUUGUUAUGUAUGGUGUGAAAGAGAGAUUUAUUAUGAUUUUCUUUUGUUUUUUUUCUUAACACUCUGUAUUUGUUUAUUAUUUGUCUUUGUUAUACACUUACAAUUAAUUUAGUCUUACAAAAUACACUUGGAUUAUUUAUAAUCUAAUGUUAAGUGAAAAAAAGUCCUAGAUGAAGAACGCACAUCGUAACUAAUAAUUAUGCAUAUUUAUUUACUUAUCUCUUUUUUAAAAAAAAAUCAACAAAGCAACACUUGUAACUACUUACCAGAACUUUUACUGCUAUCGCCACUAUUUAUUUACCUUCAUUACAACCUGUCUUAUGUGCAAUUUAUUAUUAUUAUUUAUUGUCAAUCAUGUGCAAAACUCAUUUAUUUUGUUAUUUACUAUUUGUUUGUCUCUAGUCAUAUUCUCUUGCUCAAUUAUACUGAUAUAUAUAUAAUUUAAUGAUAUUUAUUCGAAUGAAGAAAACUUAUUUACUGCUUGAUAGAAAUUUAUAUUUUACAUUUUGAAUUUUUUGCACAUUCCUGUGUUUCUCACUCAUUAAAACGUCACAAUAUUAUCUAUGUAUUUGUUUUUAAUACAUUUUAAUUUUAAUAUUAUUUAGUUAUGUUAAUUAAACAAUGAAUAGUAAUUAUUUUGGUAUGUAGCUUCUUCAUAAUUAGCUAAAUGAACAUAUAUUACAGUUGUUACACCUUAAUUAUUACAGAGAAAUCGGAAGACAAAUAGAAUUCAUUUAGAAAGCAAAUAAAUGUCUUUACAUUGUA